AUGCCAAGACUGACAGUAGUAAACCCAAGCAAUCGAAAUUUGCCAUCAGCUGAGAGAUCAGUACUUGUCCUAGGCUUGAACUUCGCUACAACACCUUCAACUAUACCGAAGGAAGAGAUAUUCGAGAGAGUAGAACCUUCACUAACUGGGUUAGACAAGACUCUAGCAGACAACAUCCGUAUGCAGAUUUCUCAACUGCUUCGCCAGAACAUCAGACCGAAAUCCAACAUCACCAAGGAUGAACGAAAUUCAUUGAAAAGUCUCCGUGCUGACUCUACUAUCUAUAUUUUAACAGCGGGCAAGGGCAAUGCAACGGUCAUCAUUGAUGUCGCUCAGUACAACGAGAAAAUCUUGCGUAUGUGA